UUCCUCAUUGCAUCAACCUCAACCUCAACCUCAACUUCAACCACAACAACCUCAACAAUGUAUCCUUUCUCUCAACCAUGCAUCAUGGUAGAUACCCUGAAUGAAAAAACGCAGAGAUCAUGACGCUCAGAUUAUUGGAGUUGAAAUGGAUGUUUUUCAUAGCGUUAUCGUCAUUUUUUCCCAGUGGAAGCACUUUAUGAACUGAAUUGGAAGAGACCAGAAUCCGACCAAGGGACCACCGCUCCCACUCUUUCGGCGAGCUAGGUGUUUGAAAACUCGAAAUCGAUUGUAUCUUCCCUUGUAGUCCGUCGUUUCCUCGGAAGAAGAAGGACAAUCACACUUCACCCAACUUUGAGCGAAUGGUCAUGACCAUCUGCAUCGGAUUCUCUCCGUUAUUGCAGCGAAGGUUAGCUCUUUCUACUUCUUUCUUGACAAUGUACUUUCGGACUGCCUUUACCCAGAGGUAGGGUGAUCUUUCAUGUUUGGAUUCAAAGUCGGGUAGUCGAGCUGUGCCAGACGGGCUGCCCGUGGUGCCUUCAUGUUAAUUGCUUUUUGCUCAUGGAAGGAGUCGGCAGUGCCAAUGAAACUGGCAGCUUGAGAACGUAUUCUACCCUUUGCCUUGGUCAUCAUAGUUUUCUUUUUGAUCUUUCGUCUUUCAUCGAAAGUGGCUGGCGUUCUUCGCUCGCCUGUUCCUCAAUAUCUCCCAAUUUCAGCUCCUGACGACCAGCUCUCUCUUUGCUCAUCAACAUGUCGACUGGCAACGAGGCAACGGAACGAAGCUCCCUCCUGGGCCGUGAUCUUCCGCGACCGAAUGGAGUUGUCCAGGACCAUCCAAUCUUUCUUCGUGUAUGCCACGCGCCAUGGGGCUUCAUCAACCAGACCACUCUUGUUGUCCUCAGGGGCCUGAUUCUGAUCUACCUCACCGUUCUUGCACCCAUGCUUCUUGACUACAAACUCUACAAGCGGCAAGACGGCGACUCUCCUUGGCGCAUUGCCUUCCAAUUUUCGACCAUUGCCUUCAUUCUGUUGUGGCUCUAUCACUUGCUCGCCUUUUGCUGGAGCUACACGCACCUCUAUUAUCCCGAUAUUGAUGAGGAGCACAACACAUGGGAGUCGGUUCUGCUUCGCAAAAUGUCACCGCCCGAGCAGACAAUCACGUCGCGCAACCGGCUUUACUUCAGUUUGUAUUACACAGUGUCCCACGUAUUUGCCUUUAUGAACACCUUCAUCUUCUGGGCCUUUGUAGUGCCGAAGGGUCACGGCGAGUUACCCAAAGAAAGGCAAAGGGGCAGCGGCGAUGAUGCGGGGAGCCUCGAGGCCGGUGAUUUCUUUAGCCAUGGAUGGUUUGAACCUUUCUGUGUUCUUAACCUAUGGGGUUAUACAUCACUCCUCGCUCUCUUUGAAAUUAUGUUUUUGAACAGCAUCAAACGCCAGAUCCCUGUGCACACCCACAUCAUUGGCUUGGUAGUCCUGCUGUGUGCCUACCUUGGCUGGGCUGCCUUUGGGAAGCUCUUCAUCGGCCGUGCUCCUUACUUCUGGCUGGACCCUGAGGUUGUUAGGUACAGAGAACUCAUGUUUGCAUACUGCGCCUUGUUCGUGGCUCUGGGACCUGCAUUCUUUGCUUUCAUGUAUGGCCUCAUUAGCCUGCGUGAAGAACUGGCAGAGAAAUACGGCAGCCCAAGCCAGGACGCCACCCCAGAUGGCUCGCAGCAGGGAGAUCAGGAGUGAGAUGGAUAGGUUGGUUCGUGUUCUGAUGAGAGGAGGCUUGCCACAGAACACGUCUGCAUGCAAUGGCAUACCUUCACAUGAUUCUUCCACCCUUGUUUUCUAUUAGCCUUGUUUUAUUAUCACCUCAACAGCUGCCGGAACAGGCUCCUCUUAGCCGGCGAUGCUGUCCCCCCCUAUUCGACGACUGCCCCUCAAAGCCAUGUAUAUAGCCUAGAAAAGCAUCAAACUCUCACAUACGUUGAGAAGGAUUAUCCUGUGAUCGAGUCAUCACCCGUUCCAAAUAGAAGGCAUCGCACUCUUGAAAACUA